AAAAAUGUCUUCUCUCUUUAAAAGAGUGUAGAGAGAGAAAGAGAAAUUUUUGGUGAAAGAAAGAAAAUAAAAAGAGUUUGCUUCUCUCUUUUAUUUUUCAUCAAGAGCUAGACAGCCGACACUUGUCCAGAAUUAAAAACUUCUCCCACUGGUUGUAGUUGUGGGAACAUAUUGUUGAAAUUAGAGUUGCAAUUGAAGCAAGUUCACAUGUAAGACUUUGUUAUGUGUUAAUUUUUGUUGAUAUCUGUACUUUUUAUGAAUUGAAGAUUACUCAGAUUUGUGGAAAAAUUACUAGUGGGUGUUGAAUUUGUAAGUUAAGUAGAAAAUUAGUAGAAAAUGGGGAGUAAUACUAAUAUAAACUUCAGUAAGAACUAUGGAAAUGAAGCAGCAGGUGAUGGGGGUGUUGGUGGAAGUGGAAGACCACCUGGGUCAGGGUUAGGGUCAGGGAACUUCUCCUUAGCAAGACAACUAUCAGUAUAUUCCUUAACGUUCGACGAAUUUCAGAAUACAUUAGGUGGGAUGGGGAAGGAUUUUGGGUCAAUGAAUAUGGAUGAAUUGUUGAAGAACAUAUGGAGUGCUGAAGAAACACAAUGUAUGGCACCAGGAGCAGGAGCAGGAACAGCAGCUGUUGCUGCAGCUGCUGCUGUUGUUGGGAGUGGUAUUCAAGAAGGGGGGAGUUCGGGUGGAUAUUUGCAGAGACAGGGUUCACUAACACUACCUAGGACGCUUAGUCAGAAAACGGUUGAUGAGGUAUGGAAGGAUAUUGCGAAAGAGUUUAAUGGUGGGAAAGACGGGGGUGGUGGAUCUAAUGUGCCACAGAGACAGCAGACACUUGGGGAGAUCACUUUGGAGGAGUUUUUGGUGAGAGCUGGGGUUGUAAGGGAAGAUACCCAAGUGGUUGGGAAGCCUAACAAUAAUAAUAACACUUCUGCUGGUGCUGGAAUUUUUGGAGAUUUUGCUAGGCCUAGUAAUGGGAACAAUGGUAAUACAGGUUUUGGUAUUAACUUUCAACAACCUGGCCGAGGUGUUGAGUUGAUGGGUAAUCAUAUUGCGGAGACUAACCAUCAGAUGUCAUUGCAAGCAGCUAAUUUGCCAUUAAAUGUUAAUGGGGUUCGAACAUCACAACAGCAGCAGCAACAGCAAACACCGACACAGCUAUCCCACUCCCAGCAGCCACAGCAGCAGCAGCAGCAACAACAACAACAACAACAGCAACAACCACUGUUCCCUAAACAGGCUGCUGUUUCAUAUGCUUCUGCUAUGACACUUCCCAACAAUGCUCAGCUAGGUAACGUAGGAGUUAGGGGUGGCAUCAUGGGAUUAGGUGAUCCUGGGAUCAACAGCAAUAUGGUCCAAAGUGCAGCUCCACAAGGUGGUGGAGGAAUGGGUAUGGUUGGGUUAGGAGGAGGUGGAGCAAUUGGUGUUCCUGCUGGAUCUCCUGCAGCUUUGUCAUCCGAUGGGCUUGGCAGGAGCAAUGGGGACUCAUCCUCUGUAUCACCAGUUCCGUACAUGUUUAAUGGUGGUCUUAGAGGGAGAAAAGGAAUCCAUGCUGUUGACAAAGUUGUUGAGAGGAGGCAGAGGCGGAUGAUAAAAAAUAGAGAAUCAGCUGCAAGGUCCCGAGCACGUAAACAGGCCUAUACUAUGGAGCUGGAGCAGGAGGUUCAAAAACUAAAAGAGGAGAAUCAAGAGUUACGGAAGAAACAGGCUGAAAUAAUGGAAAUGCAAAAAAAUCAGGUGAUGGAGAUGAUAAAUGCACAAUCUGGUUCUCGGAAAAAGCUUAGGAGGACACAAACCGGGCCAUGGUGAGAAAUCAAUGUGGAUACUUACAGUUACAGUAGGUUUUUGUUGUAAAUAUUUUGAGGGAGUGGAUGUUUUUUCUGUUUAUUGGAUAGCUGAGGAUCCUAUUUUAGGUUGAAAGUUUCCAUUUUUAUAGUUUCUUUUCCUCUAAACAUCAUCACUUGUAGGAAAGAGGAAAUGUUACAUGUGAUACAUAUAAAACCUGUUGGAUAUGUAUUUUUAGGACAUGUCCAAUUCUCAGCUUCUUACUGUA